AGCUACACCAAGAACAGUCAGAGAAGACAGAAGCGGCCUCACCACAUCAUCGGGCAACUCGGUGGUGUGUGAAUUAAGUCCAUGAAAGAUUUAACUACUUGAGAGGGUAAGGCUUUAAUCCAUCGUGGGAAUCAGAGGGGAGGAAAAAAACAGAAAAGGAAAUGAUCCGUCUGGGACAAGGAACCGCAGGAGCUUUGUUGUGCGCGCUCCUGGGAACGCUGUGCGCGGCUGGUUUCAGGCAGAUCCGCUACUCGGUGCCGGAGGAACUGGACAAAGGCUCCUUCGUGGGCAACAUCUCCAAGGACCUAGGGCUGGAGCCCCGAGAGCUGGCGGAGCGCGGGGUCCGCAUCAUCUCCAGAGGUAAAUCUCAGCUUUUCUCUCUGGACCCGCGAAGCGGCAGCUUGGUCACCAGGGGCAGGAUAGACCGGGAAGAGCUGUGUGCUCAGAGCGCGCCCUGUCUCGUCAGCUUUAACAUCCUUGUGGAGGAUAAGCUGAAAAUAUUUGAGGUAGAAGUUGACAUUAGCGAUAUUAAUGAUAAUGCUCCUAGUUUUCCAACGGAGGAAUUGGAAAUAAAAAUUGGUGAACUAACAGUUCCUGGAACCCGAUUCCCACUUAAAACUGCAUUUGACCCGGAUGUGGGCAUGAACGCCCUGCAGAACUAUAAGCUCAAUUCCAAUGACUAUUUCUCCUUGGCUGUGAACAGCGUCAUCGAUGACGCCAAGUACCCAGAGCUAGUGCUGGAGCGAGCCCUGGAUCGUGAGAAAAAGGCAGUCCAUCAGCUUGAUCUCAUUGCCUCUGAUGGCGGAGACCCUGUGCACACCAGCAAGUUGUGCAUCCAGGUGAUAGUCUCGGAUGCAAAUGACAACCCACCUGUGUUUACCAAGCCAGAGUACCAUGUCAGUGUUUUGGAAAAUGUGCCAGUGGGCACCCGGCUGAUCACAGUGAACGCCACUGAUCCUGAUGAGGGAUUCAAUGCUCAAGUGUCCUAUAUUCUGGAUAAAAUGCCUGGGAAAAUUGCUCAGGUUUUCCAUCUCAACUCAGUGACCGGAGAUAUAUCAAUAUUAAAAAGUCUUGAUUAUGAGGACGCUGUGUUCUAUGAAAUCAAAAUUGAAGCACAAGACGGACCAGGUCUUUUUUCAAGAGCCAAGGUUCUUGUAACGGUUCUGGAUGUGAAUGACAACGCCCCGGAAGUCUCAGUCACUUCCCUCACAGGCUCGGUCCCAGAGGAGGCUCCCGCUGGAAGAGAAAUCGCACUUAUCAAUGUACACGACCGAGAUUCUGGCCAGAACGGGCAAGUCACAGUUUUUGUCCUAGGAAAUCUGCCCUUUACUCUAGAAAAAUCAAUAGACCAAUACUACCGAUUAGUGACAGCCAGAUCUUUGGAUCAUGAGGAGGUGUCCCAAUAUAAUAUCAGUCUAAGAGCCACGGAUGGGGGAAGUCCACCAUUGUCUACAGAAACUCAUAUCACUCUGCAUGUGUCAGACAUCAACGACAACCCUCCUACAUUCACGCACGCCUCCUAUUCAGCCUAUAUCCCAGAAAACAAUGCUAGGGGAGCCUCCAUCUUCUCUGUUACAGCACAGGACCCAGACACUGACAAGAAUGCACAAGUCACUUACUCACUGGCUGAGGACACACUUCAGGGGCUGCCACUGUCAUCCUACAUCUCCAUCAACUCCAACACUGGUGUCCUGUAUGCUCUUUGCUCCUUUGACUAUGAGCAGUUUAGAGACCUGCAAUUACAAAUAACAGCUAGAGACAGUGGGACCCCUCCACUGAGCAGCAACACAACACUGAACCUAUUUGUGCUGGACCAGAAUGACAACACACCUGAGAUCCUGUAUCCGACCCUCCCAGUAGACGGUUCCACAGGGGUUGAGUUGGCACCCCGCUCUGCAGAUCCUGGAUACCUGGUGACCAAAGUGGUGGCAGUAGACAAAGACUCAGGACAGAACGCCUGGCUGUCCUACCGCCUGCUCAAGGCCAGUGAGCCAGGGCUCUUCUCAGUAGGGCUGCACACAGGAGAGGUACGCACUGCUCGGGCCCUGCUGGACAGAGAUGCUCUCAAGCAGAGCCUGGUGGUGGCCGUGCAGGACCACGGCCAGCCUCCUCUCUCCGCCACUGUCACGCUCACCAUAGCAGUGGCUGACAGCAUUCCUGACAUCCUGGGGGACCUGGAAAGCAUCCAUACCCCUGCUAACCCCCAAAAUUCAGACCUGACACUCUACCUGGUGGUGGCAGUGGCUGUGGUCUCCUGCAUCUUCCUGGCCUUUGUCAUUGUGCUGCUGGCCCUUAGGCUUCGACGUUGGUACUCAUCACGCCUACAGGCUUCAGGAAAUGGAUUGGCUGGCAUACCAGCCUCUCACUUUGUGGGUCUAGAUGGGGUGCAAGCUUUCCUGCAGACCUACUCCCAGGAAGUUUCACUUACCGCAGGCUCUCGGAAGAGUCACCUGAUCUUCCCACAACCCAACUACGCAGACACGCUCAUCAGCCAGGAGAGCUGUGGGAAAAGCGAGCCUCUUAUAAUACCUCAAGAUUUACUUGAAACGAAAGAAGACCCCACGCUGCCUCAGCAAGCCCCGCCCAACACUGACUGGCGUUUCUCUCAAGCCCAGAGACCCGGCACGAGCGGAUCCCAAAAUGGUGAUGAAACUGGCACCUGGCCCAACAACCAGUUUGAUACAGAGAUGCUGCAAGCCAUGAUCUUGGCCUCUGCCAGCGAAGCUGCUGAUGGGAGCUCUACCCUGGGAGGGGGCGCUGGCACCAUGGGUCUGAGCGCUCGAUACGGACCCCAGUUUACCCUGCAGCACGUGCCUGACUACCGCCAGAACGUGUACAUCCCUGGCAGCAAUGCCACGCUGACCAAUGCCGCUGGCAAACGAGAUGGCAAGGCUCCAGCAGGUGGUAAUGGCAACAAGAAGAAAUCGGGCAAGAAAGAGAAGAAGUAAUAUGGAGGCCAGGCCUUGAACCACAAGGCAGCCUCCCUCCCCAGCCAGUCCAGCUCGUCCUUACUUGUACCCAGGCCUCAGAAUUUCAGGGCUCACCCCAGGAUACUGGUAGGAGCCAGGGCCAUGCUCCCCGUUGGGAAACAGAAACACGUGCCCAAGCCAACACCCCCUCUCUAUACCCUAGGGAGUUGAAUAUGCAAAGAGAGUUCUGCUGGGACCCCCCUAUUCAAUCAGUGAUUGUACCCACAUGGGUAGCAGGGUUUGUGUGUGUGGACAUACACACACACACACACACACACACACACAAACCAUGCCACACUCCCUUAGUUACAGCUGAACUCCUCCAUCUUCCAACCCAGGCAGGCUUAUCCAUCUCCUGCCGCCCUCUCCCCACCCCACCCACUCCUUCAGUCCCUCUCUUUGAGCAAGGUAGCUGGGCUGUUGGGGUGACCGGUGAGCUAAGCCGGCUCCUAGUUCUGAACGGUAGGGAGAGUAUUACAAUCUUUUGGCCUCUCCUUCAGUUCAGCUUUCCCCCAAAGCAUGGUUUGGUACCAGUCUUCUCUUUUCCUUCCAGAGCCUGAGACCAAUGCUUAAGUUUUGGGGGAACAGGCACCCUCCCUCUGGUACUGAUGAUGCUUGCUGGAUUUUGGGAAGGCAUUUUGCUACUAAGCCUCUUUUCAAUGCCUGGGGACAACUAGUCUUUUGUUUUUCAUUGUUUGAUGUUCCCACUGCAUGCUGUGACUUCCCUACACCUCAAAGAAGAGACUCCUUUGCAUGUCUGGAGACAGUAGGGGGUGGUAAACUAAAGGGAAGUUGAGAGUGUAUACUGCUGGGAGUGGGGCAGUGGACAAAACAGCCUGUUAAUAGGGUCUUGCAAGGGGCUCUGUAUGUACCCAGGGGACUGGCUCAAUCCUCACAUUCUAGCCAUAGACAAACACCAGGCCAGACCCCUCCAUUCUGGUUCAGCCUGGGCAGCUUGGGCUGAGCCACCAGGACCAAUGGAUUUAAGCUGACAUUUCAGUCCAAGACGACGACUUCUAAGUGAGUUUAAGACCAGAGAGGAAAGAGGGGCCUCUGUGGGUGCUGGGUACUCCAGAGGUGCCCUUGGUGGGAGGACCAGUGGUCUUAGCAGGAAGGGGGGCCCAGCAAGGUCAUUCUUGGACCCUGGGUCUAGUCCAGUAGCUAGAAAAAGGGACCAAGUGGCCAUAAAGUCCCAGCCAAUGAUGGGGCUUUUCCAGUGGGCCCCUGUAGACCUCAAGCCCCUGGCCUCCACCUUACCAGGUGCCAUUUCUUCUCAGAAGGCCACUGCCCAGGCCCCCAGGCCGCCCCCUUGUGGCCAGAGAACGGUUAAAGCCCCCCAGUGCCUCCUUGUGCAUAGAACUUCCUCUGCCCUAGCCCUUACAGUAGUGUAGAAGAUCCCCCUCCCCCGCUGGUGUAGAAUAGCCAAUAGUAUAGUGUGGUGUGCUUUUACGUGAUGGCGAGUGGGCAGCGGGCGGUGGGCUGUACACAGCCGUCUGUCCUUUGAAUCUCAAUCUGCCUGCGCGGCCCGUGCUGUGUUUUGUGCUGUGUCCACACGCUGCGGCGACCCCUCCCUGUACUGACUUCUCUAUAAAAAGCUUCUCUUCGCAUAGUCACGUAGCUCCUGCCCAUCCCCCUUCCGAUAUCUCUCGCAAGUUUUAUACUCUAAUAUUUAUAUGGCUUUUUUCUUCGAAAAUUAAAAAUAAAAAAAUGGUUUCUUCUGAAA